UUCGACCCGCUCGCAUCAGCAUGAACUGCCUCCAUAGUCCAUGUCGUCUCGACUCCCUGCAGCUUGCCACAGCGCUAUAUCUGCUUUCCUCUCGCCGUUCACGUUCUCGCACAUCUGUCCUUACUCUCACUGACAACGUCUGCGCGCGCCAUGUCCCCGCAGAAUUUCACAGUAGACGACAACAGUCCCUUCAUCACCUACACCGGCUGGCACACGGGGAACAGAACCCAGGAUACCAGCGCAUUCUCAUACUCGGAUGGUGGCACAUUCACGGUCACGCAGACAAACGGUUCGCGGGCGUCCUUCACGUUCAACGGAACAUAUGUUUACCUAUAUGGCGCAAAGAGAUCCAAUCAUGGUCCAUACUCUGUUGAAUUGGACGGCGUCAAGAGCAGCCACAACGGAAAUUCGGGCGAGGCCUUAUUCCAGCAGCUUUUGUUCUCCGCCGGCCCUCUCGAACUGGAUGUACCUCAUACCGUCCAUCUCCAAUGCGAUGGGUCUGGAGACGAGGGUUGGUUGGAUCUUGAUUAUAUUACCUGGACUACCGAUUUCGGGGAUGAUUACACGUCGGGCCAGAUGACGCUGCCAGACAACCAUCCGAACUUCUCGUACACCGGACCAUGGACCACAACCGACGCGGGUGGUCGGUACGAGGGUGGUGCGGCGCACCAGGCUGUAGACGGGGAUAGCUAUGUCACGCUCGAGUUUUCGGGCGAAUCCGUCAGUCUGUACGGCACUGUUGGCCCAGCUUACGGACGCUACACCGUCCAGCUGGACGGUGGCGGCGCCCAGGGCUUCAACGCGAAGGAUGUGUACACGGAGACGCAAGUCUUGCUAUACCACGCUAACAAUAUCGGCAACGGCACUCAUAAGCUAGUCCUAGCGAAUGCGCCGACGGGGGACGCACCACAGAGCUCAGUCCUCAUCGACUACGCCGUCGUCAGCGUGGCCGAGCACACAGAUAUAGUUCCAAAGGACGUCCAGGACAAGAAUCAGGGGUUAUCCACUGGCGAGCUGGUCGGCAUCGCCUUUGGCGGCGUCGUGCUCAUUGCCGCCGUCGCACUCCUGGCCCUCUUGAUCGUUCGGCGCAAGAGGAAAUCGUCCAAUAACACCAUGGACGAAGUGGGGCUGUUUGAGUCCCGGGACCGGCUCGUACAACCGUACGCAUACUCGUCGGGUAGCCAAACUCCGGUUACGGACAAAGGACGAUCUGCACUUCGUGGAGGAGCGCACCCCUCUACGUCUACGGUCGCAGACAUGCACCAGAAUCACCACGGCGAAGGCACGUUACCACCCGACUACGACAUGGCAGUAGGGCCGUCGUCUUCAAGAGUAAGAGCGUAGACCUCGCAUACGGCACCGAUAGGUGGCCCCAAAUCCAGUCUUCGCGUCAGACGCCCACGAAUCCGACGCGUCGUUGAGACCGGCAUAUCUAUAGUCAUCAUCAAAUAUCCAGAAUGAGAGUCAGACAGUCGUGUUACAGAGAUAACAGGGCAGCAAAGCAAUAAAUACCCAGUAUGUAUAGCGAAAGGUCUACGACUUCGCAGGUAAAGUGGACACCUCCACCUCCAUCCCCUUCCCCUCUCCCUUCGACGUCGUGCUCGCCGCCUCUAUAUCCGA